AUGUGCUCUGCCUGCAGCGCCCCCCCUGCUCACUGUGAGGACUGCAGACUGUGGACAGUCCCGGAGCUGAUGGAGACCUGUCUGGACGAGGCCCUUGGGGCCCCUGACUCAGCUUCAGCCGCAGUGACCUCUGAGCUCCCAGAGGAGGGUGCUGUGGGGGGAGACCAGCCCCUCAGUCUGAGCGAAGCUGCAGCGCGUCUCAAAGAGCUGGAGUUGGAGACUGCGUCUGUUUCACUGACGCCUAAAAAUGUCAACCUCAACGUCGCCAUGAACAACCAGGAGUUGGUGAAGCUCACAGAGAAGGUGGUCCUGUCCCCCCUGAGGACCCCCGACACAGUGAGGACCCCUGACAACCUGAAGAGCAACAUCCUGAAGGCCCAGGCUGAAGCACAGGCUGUCAAGGUGUGUGUCCCACCGACGUCUGUCGAGGACCAGACUGUGACAGACAAGAACUGUCACCUGCAGGAGACGCCAAGUGUGGAGCGAGUGGCUGAGGACCUGUGUGUCCCAAUGGAGCUCAGCAUAGAGACGCUGCUCCCUCAGGUGUGUCCAGAGGGCGUCCAGCUCUCAGUGUCCGAAAACCUGAUCGACUUCACAGAUACCGCAGCCUUGGCUCCACAGGUCGCUCCAGUCCAGAUUAAAACUGUCCUCACACCACGAUGGAUCAUCCCCGCCAGCGCGCCUCCAGGGAUCUUCAGUAACGGCCUGGAGCCAGAGUGUAAGAGCGCCCCCCUGUGUGCGGAGGCUGCAGUGACGCGCUCCAACAACAACAGCUCUGCGUCUCCGGCUGAAGAAGAGUCCAAACCCAGAGCGAAACAGCGCCUUGGAGCCAGUACACAGCCCAGUUCUCCACCGCUGCCUCCGGAGGAACCACAGGAAUCUACAAUAAUCAGUGGCCCGGCUGGCUCUCUCUCUGGUCUCUCAGUCAUGUCUGCUGACCUGGCUGCUGUGUGGGAGGUGGCUCUGAGUGACAGAGUUCACACCAUUGAGUUUGAACACGGGACCACAACCGGUAAACGUGUCAUCUACGUGGACGGGAAGGAGAUCCUGAGGAGGGACUGGAUGUUCAAGCUGGUGGGGAAGGAGAGUUUCUCUGUGGGCCGCGGUGGGACCAGAGCCUCCAUCUCCAUCGACGCCGUCAGUGGUUUCUCCUACGAGUACACUCUGGAGAUCAACGGGAAGAGCCUCAAGAAGCACCUGGAGAACAGGUCCAGGACCAGCUCCACCUGGGUCCUGAACCUGGAGGGGACCGACCUCAGGGUGGUGUUAGAAAAGGACACGAUGGACGUGUGGUGCAACGGUCAGAACAUCGAGACUGCAGUCUUCAGCCUGAGUGUGGUGCAGGUUCUCAGCCUGAGUGUGGUGCAGGUCUUCAGCCUGAGAGUGGUGCAGGUCCUCAGCCUGAGUGUGGUGCAGGUCUUCAGCCUGAGUGUGGUGCAGGUCUUCAGCCUGAGUGUGGUGCAGGUCUUCAGCCUGAGUGUGGUGCAGGUCUUCAUCCUGAGAGUGGUGCAGGUCUUCAGCUUGAGUGUGGUGCAGGUCUUCAGCCUGAGAGUGGUGCAGGUCUUCAGCCUGAGAGUGGUGCAGGUCUUCAUCCUGAGUGUGGUGCAGGUCUUCAUCCUGAGUGUGGUGCAGGUCUUCAUCCUGAGAGUGGUGCAGGUCUUCAGCUUGAGUGUGGUGCAGGUCUUCAGCCUGAGAGUGGUGCAGGUCUUCAGCCUGAGAGUGGUGCAGGUCUUCAUCCUGAGUCUUCAGAGUGUGGUGCAGGUCUUCAGCCUGAGUGUGGUGCAGGUCUUCAGCCUGAGUGUGGUGCAGGUCUUCAGAGUGUGGUGCAGGUCUUCAGAGUGUGGUGCAGGUCUUCAGAGUGUGGUGCAGGUCUUCAGCCUGAGUGUGGUGCAGGUCUUCAGCCUGAGUGUGGUGCAGGUCUUCAGCCUGAGUGUGGUGCAGGUCUUCAGCCUGAGUGUGGUGCAGGUCUUCAGCCUGAGUGUGGUGCAGGUCUUCAGCCUGAGUGUGGCGCAGGUCUUCAUCCUGAGAGUGGUGCAGGUCUUCAGCUUGAGUGUGGUGCAGGUCUUCAGCCUGAGAGUGGUGCAGGUCUUCAGCCUGAGAGUGGUGCAGGUCUUCAUCCUGAGUGUGGUGCAGGUCUUCAUCCUGAGUGUGGUGCAGGUCUUCAGAGUCUUCAGCCUGAGUGUGGUGCAGGUCUUCAGCCUGAGUGUGGUGCAGGUCUUCAGAGUGUGGUGCAGGUCUUCAGAGUGUGGUGCAGGUCUUCAGCCUGAGUGUGGUGCAGGUCUUCAGAGUGUGGUGCAGGUCUUCAGCCUGAGUGUGGUGCAGGUCUUCAGUCUGAGUGUGGUGCAGGUCUUCAGUCUGAGUGUGGUGCAGGUCUUCAGCCUGAGUGUGGUGCAGGUCUUCAGCCUGAGUGUGUUUCAGGGGGAGUUUGUGGAGGACGGCACAGAGACGCACUUCACUCUGAACGAUCAUCUUUGCUGCAUCAAAGCCGUGAGCAGCGGCAAACGCAGAGACGGCAUCAUCCACUCCCUCAUCGUGGACGGGACCGAGGUCCCAGAGAGCACCGAGUGA